CUGCGGCCGCGUCCAUUCACUCUCAUCCACUCACUCUACAUACAUCCUCGUCGUAAGCUGUCGUAAGCCUGCACACGGGGUGAGAGGCCCCCAUCUUCAGUGACAUGGCGCCCGCGCGCAGGAAGUCAACCCGUGCUCGAACCAAAGUGCAGAAGGCAAACAAAGUUUCAUCUUCCGAAUUAAAAGCCUCUUUAGACAGUGCCACAUUGGCUGAACAACACAAAAAACUAUCUUUUGAGGUCUUUGCUGCGUCAGAAUUCAGUCCGGAGGAUAGAAACGAAAUAUGGUCAAUCCUCGAGAACAACAUGAAGGAUGCAUACGCACGUUCCUCUUUCGGAUGGAAACCGGUUGAGAAGCAAGCGGAGCUCUUCCAUGAAUUGUCACGAUUCAUUGUUGUGCGCAAUACCCCGGAGGUUUCUAGCACUUCUGUGCCUGCGACGAUAGUUGCGUACUCAAUGUUCCGAUUCGAGGUAGAAGAACGAAAAGACGUGGUCUAUUGCUACGAGGUUCAAGUACAUCAGCAAUCUAGACGCUCCGGACUGGGAGGAUGUCUGAUGAAGCAGCUUGUAUCCAUCGGCAAACGAUGGAAAAUGCAGAUGAUCAUGCUGACGGUGUUCAAGUCGAAUGUGGCAGCGCGCAGCUUGUACAACGCCUUGGGGUUUGAAGUCGAUCCAACGUCACCAGAAUAUCCUGACUCCGGCGAGGAGGGCUCAGAGUCGAGUGAUGAAGAAAGGGAAGAGUAUGACUAUGAAAUCUUGUCAUUACCUAUCGAUUAAGGACGGAUACGGGGUCUAGUGUUGGAAUGAGUAGAUGUAGACAUACUCCAUAAAUUGGCGUGCAUGUCGUUGACAAAAGUACAGUUCUCAACUCAUCCGAGUCGCAUCGCGCCUCAACUUCUCAAAGGCAGACGCUUACGAGCGCUUGUGUAACCC